AUUUCGAAAAAAGGUCUCUCUCGGAGAAACGGGUAGCCUGGAGUUUGGAACCAUUUCCGGUCACGCGGUCAUGUGAUGAUGCGCAGUGCUGAUGUUUUGUUUUGUUGAUUCAGUUUGGCAAGAAAGAACGGAACAGCUAGGUUCAGCGCAACAUGUCUUACGAACAGGAUGAUGAAGACCAAUACGCCCCCAACUUCAGUGUUGGAUCUUUUCCCAAAGAAUUUGGCUAUGGGCCUUUCGAUGGUGACGGUGACGGGCCUACGGGACCUCUCACAGGGGAACAGAAGCCACGUAUUCUCCUUAUGGGGCUUCGCAGGAGUGGAAAAUCAUCUAUUCAGAAAGUAGUAUUUCAUAAGAUGUCUCCCAAUGAAACAUUAUUUUUGGAAAGCACUAAUAAAAUAAUCAAGGAUGAUAUUUCAAAUUCGUCCUUUGUCCAAUUUCAAAUAUGGGAUUUCCCAGGACAGAUUGAUUUCUUUGACCCUACCUUUGAUUCUGACAUGAUUUUUGGAGGCUGCGGUGCUCUUGUUUUUGUGAUUGACGCUCAAGAUGAGUACAAUGAUGCUCUUAACCGACUUCAUCAAACUGUAACCAAAGCUCACAAAGUGAAUCCUAACAUUCGAUUUGAAGUGUUCAUUCACAAAGUGGAUGGUUUGUCUGAUGAUUAUAAGAUGGAAACUCAGAGGGAUAUUCAUCAAAGAGCCAAUGAUGACUUAGCUGAUUCUGGAAUGGACCAAAUUCAUCUUAGCUUCCAUUUGACAUCUAUAUAUGAUCAUAGUAUUUUUGAAGCAUUCAGCAAAGUUGUCCAAAAGCUUAUACCCCAGCUUCCAACUCUUGAAAAUCUUCUCAACAUUUUGAUUUCGAACUCAGCUAUUGAGAAGGCAUUUUUAUUUGAUGUUGUAUCCAAAAUCUAUAUUGCCACUGAUGUCUCACCUGUUGAUAUGCAAAGCUAUGAGCUUUGUUGUGACAUGAUUGAUGUGGUCAUUGAUGUGUCAUGUAUUUAUGGAUUACAUGAGGAUGCUGAAGCUGCUGCAUUUGAUUCACAAAGCUCAAGUUUAAUUAAGCUGAAUAAUGGUACAAUUCUGUAUCUGAGGGAGGUGAACAAAUUUUUAGCAUUAGUUUGCAUAUUACGAGAAGCAAAUUUUGAUCGCCAAGGUGUCAUUGACUACAACUUCCUGUGCUUUAGAGAAGCUAUUCAACAAGUAUUUGAACUUCGUAGCAAGAACCAAAUGUUGUACAACACAAGUUCUCAGGGAAAUUCCUCAACAGUGGGUGAAUCUGGGCCCAACACUUCAACAGGCACAAGUGGCACCAGCAAUGGCAUAUCAUCAAAUGCAGCACCAUUGGACAAUUCUCCAAAUAAUGCUAGUGAAUCUUUGAAACAAUCUCCUGCUGUUCUUUAUCCAGUCUCCGUUACAGAUCCAACUAUUGUUACUUGAAUCAUGUAUUAACAUGAUAAAUUUUUGUUAAUGCAAUUUUUUUGCACUGCCAAUGUAGUGUAAAAGCUCUCUCACUUAAUUUUCAUUUCUUUUUAAAAAGUUUACUUUAAUGCAGUUAUACUUUGAACCUUUAGUAUUGUUUUGUCUUAUGGGUGUAUCUAAGGUGACGAUGCUAUAUAUCUAGUCGUCUCAACCAUGAUUUUAUAAAGCAGUAUGUUUUCCUGCCAGUCAUAGUUUAAGAAAGGGACUGAUUGAAAAAAAAUUAAACAUGCUUGAAACCUGUCAUUCUUGCAUAAGCUUUACAUGUGUAGAGAACAUUCUUACUUCAUAGUUAUGUGAUGUGUUAGAUUUUGAUGAUCAUUGGAAUGUGUUCAUGUUCACUUGUAAUGUACAAAUUGCCAAUUGCCAUUUUAUGUGAAAAGGGAACUGCAUGGAUGAAUCUCCUUCAAGCGUCGUUUUUAAUGUUUGUUGGUUUGGCUGACUUGUGUUUCAUUCUGAAGCCAAAUGCUUUCAUCCACUCUUCUCAUGUCCUCUUGAAUUUUGUCUGUGUGAGAAACACACUGAAUGUUGGUUGGAGGUGUGAAAGUUUAUUUUUAUACUUAGCAUCUAUGUCUGUUACUGUUAUUCUAUACUCAUAUUACUGUAUGUGUAAAAUUUCACAUCCUGUGCCGUUUGAUGAGAAAAGUCAACCUUUAUCUUAUGAUCAAAUACUAUUUUUUUCUUCUUAUUUGAAGCUAUAUAUUUGGAAAACAACUCACUCAUAUGAUUUUCAAAUGUAUCCUUAUCUUUCAUUUUUAAACUUUAAUAAUGUGAUCAAUGGCAAGCCAGUACUUGGAUCACUGGGCCCAAUUUGAAGUCAUCAGAAGAAUUGUCCCUUUGUUUUUAUGUUAGACUCAAUUGUUUUCAGUGCAGUUGGGUGGGUGCACUUGAAUUAUUGAUCAUUAAUGUGUAACAUAGCCUACAGUUACAUUCAGUUUGUGAGCUGGACUUGCAAUGCUGAUUUUUAGUUAUGUGGCUUUCUUUGUUUGCUCAGUAUCGGUAGUUCAAAAAAAUUUGAUGUAUUGUUAAAAUUAAACUACUAGAUAUCAUUUUUGCAUAUGUUUGUCCUGGAAGAAAGGGCACUUAGGAAAAGAUAUGGAAGUUAAAAUAUCUAUCUAUCUAUCUAAUCGCAUUUGGCUGCACAUCUUUGCCGGGGAGUUCUCAUCAAAUUGUCUUUGAAAAUAACCUUUCGGAUGGUGCUAAACAACAAUGUUUAUAGUAGCCUCUGUUUCCUAUUAGACUGAAUUAAUUUUGCCUUGUUCCCUUGUUUUGUUUGUUUUUGUACCCUCUAUUCUUAAAUGAGUUCACAUGUACACAAAGUGCCAUAUUUUUUUCUGGGCUUCAGUAAUUUUGUUGGAAGAAUACAUUCUCUGUUUUUCCACCCAGAUUACUCUUAUUCUUAUAACAUAAUGUUCCUGAAAAAUACUUUUUAUUAUUCAGAUUUCAUUUUUUCCCCAUAAAAGGUUUUUAUUUUAUUAUUCUCCUGUCAUUCUACUUGUGUACUUUCAUCUUCUUCCAUUUAAACUUAUGCUCUUAACAGGGUAUUUUGAAAGGUAGUGCCUUUUAAAACCAAUUUGCAGCCCCUAUCAUUCUGUAGUUGUAAUGUUCGACUGAUGGAACAAUUUUAUUCUUUUUUAUUAAAAAAGUGUUGAAAAAUUAAAGUGUAAAAUUGCUUGCUAACUUUCUUUGGCUCCUCUCCUCGUUAUAUGUACGGUAGAGUUGAGGAGCCAUGUAAACGCAGAAAGUCGUGAGAACUCUGGAUGUCCGACAAACCGAGGUUUCAGAUUUUGAAUGUCUGUAUUUUGGCCUGCCUUAUAAUUGUGUUACUUGCGUCUGUAAAUAAAAGUGUCUAUCUUUGUUAAA